AUGACAGAUAUUAAACAUAGCCAAGAUAAAGAGAGACACGAGAUUAACUGGAAAAAUGAAGCUUAUUCAUCACAACAAUUUCAACAUUCAAUGAAUAUGUAUGCUCAACAACUAACUACUAAAUCUGACAACGACCAAGUACCGAAAAUGGUUGGCAUGUCUUCUGCAACGGUACCAAAUGGAUUGGAUAAUCUUGAAAAAGACGAAAGCGAUAGUUUAAGUGGUUAUAGUGAUGAUGAAAAUCAUAAACGAAAACAACGUCGUUACAGAACAACUUUUACGUCGUUUCAAUUAGAAGAAUUAGAAAAGGCAUUUCAACGUACACACUAUCCUGACGUUUUUAUGAGAGAGGAAUUAGCAAUGCGUAUCGAUCUAACUGAAGCACGCGUACAAGUAUGGUUUCAAAAUCGUCGUGCUAAAUGGCGAAAACGUGAAAAAAUGAAUCCAUCAUGUAUGUUAAAUUCAUCAUCAUCAUCAUCAUUGUCAACAUCAGCAGCUCAUUCAUUAAUUAAUAAUAAUAAUAAUAAUAACAAUGUACAUUCUCAUCCGUUUUUUACUCCACCGCCAAGUCUUCUUAAUCGUCUUAGUGCAUUUACUCCUGGAGAAAUUCUCUCAUCUUAUUCAUCGUUAACAUCAUCAUUUCUUAAUGCAACAGCAGCAGCUGCAUGUUUACCAAUGUUUACACCGCCAACAUCAUUUUGGCCGUCAACAAAUCAACUUGGUGCAACCUAUCCAAAUAUUUUAAUUUUACAACAAUUAGCACAAAUAGCUGCUGCUUCAUUAGCAUCCAAUACAUCAUCGUGCUCAAGUGAAAAAGAACUAACAAAUGAAAUCAAAACUCAAAAUAAUGAUUCGAACAGUAAUAAUAAUAGCGCAACAUCAUCACCAAGUAAAAAACGUAAACGUUCAAUAAGCAGUUCAAAUGAAACAUCAUCUGAACAUCAAACAUCAUCAAUAACAAGUUUUGUUACACGUGCAAAUACAGAUGAGCAUCGUUGUACAAGUAGUAUUGCUACUCUUCGACUUAAAGCACGUGAACAUACAACGAAACAACAUGAUCUAUCAUCACCAACAUCAACACCUGCUAUUGGUGUUGUACAAUAA